ACAAUAACAAUAACAAAAUCAGCUGCAGUUUGUGCCACGCAAAAAAGUAUUCAAAAAAACUAAGCAAAAUUCGCCCAGAAUCGCCCUCCAGCUGUCCAAAAAAGAAGAGUGAUCGAGCAGAAGAGCCACGCCCCCGUCCGACCCCGCCGCCCAAAAGAGCGAAGCAGCGAAGAUGUCGUGGCUGAACAGCAGUCUCAGCACGCUGAAGGGCCAGCUUACCAACCUGGCCCAGGAAGUUCUGGCCGAAACGGCAGGACCCGGCGAUCUGGAGUACGAGGGACAUGGCCAGGAGGCCGAGCAGCAGGCCAAGACAGCGCUGCAGCUGCUGGCAGAGACGCAGGAGCAGAAGGAGCAGCUGGACAGGCGGUGCGAGGAGAAGGAUCGUGAGAUUGCCGCCCUGCGCCGGGAAGUGGCCAAAUGCAAGCAGGAAUCCAAGCCAGCGGCCGGCACCUCGUCGCCGAAGGAAACCCAGUUGCAGCAGAACGAGGAGCACAAUGUGGAAGACAGCUGGUGCUGGGAGCCCGAUGGAGGCGAUGAGAAGGGAGCCACAGCCGCCGGAUCGGGCGACUCGGCCUGGAACAAGGAGUCGGGACUUGUGGACAUCGCCCUGGGCGCCAAUGAUGUGACUCGGCUGAACAAUCGCAUUGCCGAGCUGGAGCGACUCAACACACAGCUAAAUGCCUCGCUGGAGGAACUGGACUCGCAGCACGAGCUGGCCAUGCAGGAUGUGCUGGAGCACAAGACGCAGCUGGUGGGCCAGGUGGCGAAUCUCAAGCAGUUGCAGGCCGAUCGCCUGGUGGAGCACGAAUUGGCCAGUGCCAGGCAGCAAAAGCAGUUGGAUGAACUGGGCCAGGCGGCUUCAGUCGCCAAGGAGCUGCAGGAGCAACUGCAGCAAAGAGUGGAGCAGCAGGCGGCGGAACUGAAGCGCAGUGUUAUGGAACUAGCUGAGAUGCAGGAGCUGCUCGACAAACGUGGCCACGAUAAUGCCGAGCUCAUCGAACGCGUUCGCCUGGCGGAAGCAGAGCGCGAUAGACUGGUCAAGGAUCUGGAGGAGUCGCGACAGGUCAAGGAGAAGAAAACCUCGGAGUCCUCGUCGAACAGCUCCUCCACGGGCAAGCACAGCGAGGACGAGUUUAUAGUGGUGCGCCAGGCAGAUGCCACGGGUUCCGGCUCCGCUUCUGGCUCGGAUCCCGAUCCGGAUGCCGAGGUCACGGCCCCACCCUCCAAGGAGAAGCUGCGCGAUCGCCUCGUCUCCCUGGAAUCGCAAAUCUCUGAGCUGACCCUGACCAAUACACAAAUGCAGGAUGCCCAGCUGGAGAAGCAGCUGGCCAUCAAUUUGAUGGGUGAACAGCUCGCGGAAUUGGAGAAACGUUUGCGGCUCAGCGAGGCGGAGAAAGAGCAACUGCAGCUGGACUUGCAGCUCCGAUUGCAGCAGUUGACGGUGCAAAAUCAGGAGCUGAAACUCCAUGCCGAGGCCGAACAAGAGGGACACGCCCAGGAUCUCGAGGAGCAACUGGGCGCCCUGCGGGAGGAGAACCAACGACUGCGCCAGGAGCUGGAUACCAGCAUAGCGCAGGCCAAAUUCCGGCAGGCCAUUGCUGAGGAGAAGCAGGAGAUCACGGACUUGGACGAAACGGACACGGAAUAUGGCGCUGGCACCUACGAACUGGACAAGCUGCGUGCUCUGCUCCAGGCGGAGGUCGAGAAUCGUCUGGGUAGCUCCUAUCCCCAGCAGAAACUGGAGCGUGCCUGGAGUGCGCUGACCGAACGCUGGCAUCGUCUGGACAUUGCGGAGCAGCGACUGGUGGACGUGCAAAACCAACAGCUAAUCAGCGAGCACGAGAAGAAAACGCUCGAGGCGGACAUCUCGCAGUAUAUCCUCCAGUGCGAUGAGCUGAUGAAGAACAACGAGCUGCUGCUCAACGAACUGGACAAAUUCAAGCGAAACAAACUGGAGACCAUCGAGGAGCAUCACGAGGAGACCAUCAUGCAAUUGGAGGCCCAGUUGGAGGAGGCCAGGCAGCAUUUGGAGCUGUCUCUGUCCAGCCAAAGGCAGAUGGAAUCUAAGCUCAAGUCCAACCUGGAAAACACUUCGCACGAAAGCGAGUUGCUAACCAAAAUGGAGCAGAAGGUACAGGAACAAUUUGAGUUGCAAGAGCAGAUGACGUCCGUCAAAAAGGAACUGAUCGAGAAAACUAAAUUGCUAGCGAGGAAUGAAGAACAGCUAACGAAACUCCAGCAGCAAAACCAAGCAGAUCAAGAAAAAUUGUUAGAACUGUCACAGCUGCGCGAAACUUUACUCCAAAAAGAACAAGAUCUACAGAGUCUAGAGGAGCAGCUAACUUCUGCUAAGCAGGAAAUGGAAGAAAAGUCCAUGCAGUCAAAGGUCAACCAAGAUCAGCAUAAAAUCCAAUUGGCCAAGGCCCAAAACCAGUUGCAAGCGGAUCAGGAGAAGCUGAGGGAACUGCUCCAACUGCAGGACAAGUUGGAGCAGCAAAAGGAGUUGAUGGAAGUGGAUCAGAACCAGCAACUGACCACCAUCAAAAAGGAGUUGGCCGAGACAAACAACCAACUGGAUGAGUGUCAGGAGAAGCUUAUCGCUCGGGAAGCUCAGCUGGCGGAGAUCCAACAGCAGUUGCAAGAGAUCAGCGAGGAGAAGACACAGUUACAGGAGCAACUUCAAAAUAAGGAGCAGGAAUCCGGCACGGACCCUGAACACGCUAACCAAAUCCAAGAGCUUCGGGAUCAGUUGCUAGCCCAGAAUCAGGAAAUAGAGAAAUACCAAGCCGAGCUGGGAAAACUACAAGAAGCAGUCCAAGCCUAUGAAGAACAGCUUGCGACGAAGGAAGAGCAACUUCAGGCGAAGGAAUCACAGCUCCUGGCCAUGGAAGAGCAACUCCAGAGCCACCAGGCUGCCGACCAAAGUCAGCACCUCCAGCAGACCAUCGAGGGACUGGGCAAGGAGAAGAACGAGCUGAUCAAGGCUAUCCAACAGAAGCACCAGGAGAACACCCAGUACUAUGCGGAGAUCCAGCGCCUGCAGCCCUUCGAGCAGCAACUGAAGGAUCUGGCCAAGGAGCGCGAGAAGCUGCAGGAUCAGGUCGGAUUCCUCAAGGAGAAGUCCGACAUACUCACCACGAAUCUGCUGACGGAACAGACGAACCAACGCCUGCUGCAGCAACAGCAGUCGGAAUCCCAGGAGCAGCAGGCCAGCGUGCAGCGCGAUCUGGAACGAUUGAGGGCACAUCUCCUGGAGGUGGAGGAGCUGCACACCCAGGAGUCCGUGGAGCUGCAGCGCGAUCUCGAGGAGUCCCGGUCCCGUCAAGCGGUCCUCGAGCAGCAGGUGUCCAAGUCCAGUACGGCCUACACCUCAGCCAGUAUCCGGGCAAAUCAGCAGGCGGAAACGCUCCAGGCGCAGUUCGCUCUGCUCCAACAGCAGCGGGAUGAGCUGCUGGCCAAACUGGGCCAGUACGAGGAUCGCGAGCUGAAGCAGCAGGCGGCGCUCACCAAUCUCCAGUGUGCCUUGGAGCAGUUCCAAAAUGACAAAGACCACGACAUCGAGAUGGCCACGCAGCGCAUCCGGCGCGAGAUGCAGGCCCAGUUGGACCGGCAGGGUCAGCUCCAGCUGGAGAUGGGUGGCCUGCAGCAGCAGCUGGCGGAGGCCAACCAGGGAUUGCGGGCUGCCGCCCGGCUCUCCGACCAACUGGAGGCCGGCCAGCAGACCAUCGCAGUGCUCCGGGAUGAAGUGGAGAGCCUGAAGGAGGCGAACGUCCAGCUGGAGCAGAGUCUCAGCAGCAGCGAGAGCAGUCAGACGGACAAGAUUGACAAGAGCCUGAUCAAGAGCCUGCUAAUCGGGUAUGUGGUCAGUGGACAUGCCGGCGACAAGCAGCAGGUGCUGCGCAUGAUCUCCUCCGUGCUGGACUUCAAUGCCCAGGAGUCGGACAAGGUGGGGCUCAACAAGCAGCAGGGCAGCUGGCUGGGCGCCAUCCUGGGUGGAGGUUCUAACGCGGCGGCGGGAGCAGGACCAGGAUCCUCGCGUGGCAACGACAACCUGGUGCAGGCCUUUGUCCAGUUUCUGGAGCAGGAGUCGCAGCCCCAGGCGCAGGUGCAAUCGCGACCCACACUGCUCAGCAUGACGGGUCAAAUGGAGGCGGCCACCUCCUCCACCGCCUCCACAUCCUCCUCCACGCUUCCCCUGUCGACGAAUGCACAAGUAGCGUCGGCGGUGACAGCGAGCUUCGAACCAGCGGCACCGGGAACACCGCCAGCGGGCGGAUCACCGCAGUCCCUGGCCAUGGGCUCCAAUGAAUUCGCACCGACACGCAACUCCAGCUCGAUAUUGAAGGACAUUCUCAGUGACUCCUGAUUGUUGUAGAAAAGUCAGAUGACAUACUUCACUUCCAAUUUGUUUCUGUCGUCGCGUGUGUUUUUUUCAGUAAUUUUAACAUAUUUUUAUGAAAUUUGUAAAAGUGCAAUCGGCACCUGUAUUCCCAAAUGUGUGUCCCACAUAUAUCUCGCUAUAUAAACAUAUAUACCUGAACGGGUCCCCCAAUAAUGUACAAUGUCUGUGUGUGUAUAUGUGCAACGCUAGCAAUUUGUAAAUAUGUAAUCUGCAAUUUGAACAUGUCAACAGCAGCAGGAGGAUUAAAACACAAUGUUUUUUCCCGCUUUGCCUGCCUGUGACACGCCUUCACAGCGGCCUUGCUAAUGACUAGCCGCCAAAUAAUAAACAAUUAAAUAAUACAAUAAA